GCUUCGGAAGCUGAACCUCGCGAAAAGACGGGAGCACAUCAGAACAAGCCUCCACCACGUUGAGCAAUGGCCACUUCGUCUAUGCAAUCUCUCGUGUAGCGGGAAACUUCAGGGACCGUCCCGUCAUCAUUUCUCUGUACACACUCCACAAAACAUCCACACACUCUCAUGCCGUCUCCACCACGAGGUUAUACAACGUUCCCGAGUGACGAAGAUCUCUUCUAUUUCUGCACGACAUCAUCAACAUCCGCAGAAGAUCUCGGCAUCAGCUACGCACCUCCUUCACAAUCCUCGUUGCGAGUCGGAGUCAUCAUCCUUGGCCAAGACCAGAUCCAACUCUCAGAUCUUGCCGCUGUCGACCUUCUAUCAACAUUGGGCAGGAAUCGGAUCAGCAGGUUGCAGACACCAGCGAGUACGCUCGAUGAAGCUGUCGAUGAAGUGGACAUUCGAUAUGUCAGUGUGACCGGAGAAGGGUCGUUUCCAGUCACCUCUGGCGCUCGAAUGCCAGUGACGAACUCAUUUGCAAACGCACCGCAGUUCGAUGUGCUCAUCUUGCCCGGAUCGUUCUCCACACGGGAGCUAUCGGAUGCAGCAACAUCCUUCCUCGCUUUACAGUGCUCAAGCCCCGAUCUCCAUGCCAUCUUCAGCGUUUCAUCUGGUAUCUUGCACCUGGCUCAAACUGGUUUACUGUGGGAGCGACGAGCAUCUGCACCACGCUGUUUGAUCCCCGCUCUGCAGCAGCGCUAUCCAGACACGUUAUGGCAAACCAAGGCCUGGAACCGACAUGAGAAGAUCUGGACUAGCUCGAAUGCGGUCUCCGCCCUCGAUAUGAUCGCCGCUUGGAUGCGCGAGUUCUUCUGGGACCGCCACGAGGCGGUCGAGUGUGCUUUAGCCGCCGCUGGAAUUGGAUCGCUGGACAAUUUCGAUUAUUGACGACUUUUUGAUUUCGCAUUUCUGGCGUUAUGGACUUUCCCAACUCUUGCAGGCUCUUCCACCCCUCUCUAGUGCAGAAGAAGGGCACAUACAGAGGUUUUUAUUAUUGUAUUAUAUGGCUGUAAUAUUGUGUUGUACGAGUUUCGAGGGCGAAGUGCUCAGAUCGACAGA